GUUCACACAGUCCACAUCGCACGCCCGUGCCAGCAUUCGUACUUGAAGUCAUAAUAGCGCUCAAGAGCGCUGAUGAACGAUGCUAGCUGGGAAUGUACCUACAUACCUAAUACGUCGACGGUUGACCGAUUCCCAUAGCCGGCUACGCUCAUCAUCCAUGGAGCGACCUUGGUUUGGGCGCCGCAGCCCCGGCCAAUCGGUGCGAAAUGGCCAGCAUUCGUGACCGACAGCGCGGGGUCGGACUAUAUAACGGCUGCGGACGGUCAGUCGAGCAUCAGUUCAUCCACAGCCUUCCCAGGGUCCACUACAGAACAGAAACAUGAAGGUGUUCGUGGCGACCGUGCUUUUGGCUGCUGCCGUCUGCGGCUCGCCGCAGGGCUACGGAGCUCCCCGACCGAAUGGAGGAGCCUCCCAGAGCUACGGAGCUCCCCAGCGGAACGGAGGAGCCGCCUCUCAGAGCUACGGAGCUCCCCAGGGUAGCGCCUCCCAGAGCUACGGAGCUCCCCAGACCAGCUACGGCGCCGGCCAGGAGGAAUUCCCGCCGCAGCCGUACUCGUUCGAGUACGAGGUCAAGGACGACGAGGGCAACGACUACGGCCACAAGGAGGAGUCGGACGGCACCCGCGUCGAGGGCGAGUACCGCGUGCUGCUGCCCGACACCCGCGUCCAGACCGUCACCUACUACGUGGAGGGCGACUCUGGUUUCGUGGCUGACGUCCAGUACGAGGGCGAGGCGCAGUUCCCCGAGGACAGCCAGAACGGCCAGUACGGCGCCGGUACCCCCAACAACGGCUACGGCGCCCCGGCCGCUGCUGCCGCCCCUGUCGCGAGCUACAGCCAGCCGGCCGCCCCCAGCGGUGGCUACGGCGCCCCCAACGGUGGCGCCCGCACUCCCUCCACCGGAUACGGAUUCUAAAUAGCUCACCAAACUAGUCCGUCAGUUUUCACAAAUAUGCCCUUGAUGAUUGAUCGUGUUUGCUAUUGCUGAAGCAUGCCAGUGGUGUUCAAAUGUGCUCAACGUAUGCGAGUUAGGCUGCAUGAAAUGUUGAAUGUGUGAAAUACUAUUUAAAACAAUAUAUAAGGUCUGGCAAAAGA